AUGGAAGACCAGGCGUUAUCGCAGCAUCCCCUGCUAGACGGGCGAGAUGGACUACCUCCCAUCGAGGACCGGCCGGUGCUCGGAUACUUCGUUAUCAAGCAGGAGGUCAGCCUUGAGGUCAACUUUCGAGAUCGACGCAUCGAUGGCACGACAGACAUUUUCAUAGUGACUUUUACGGAUAGGGCUUCUGAAGAAAUCCUUCUCGAUGCUGCGCAGUGCGAAAUCGAUACAGAUAAUAUUACGCUUACCGAAAUGCGAGAGGUACAAGGAGAGCCUGUUGAAGGGCAGAAGCGCAAGGUGACGGCCGAAUACCGCGAUCCGUACCAGAAGCUAGCGCACCCCAAGGGCUGGAACUGGCGGGCUGACCAUCAUGAUCUCCGCCGUAUCCGCGCUCGUUCAGUUUUCCAUAGCCGCAGGACCGACGUGCACGCCGAAAAUAGAGAAUUCGAGGGUUGUACGCCCGUCUACGGCUCGUUGAAGGUGAAUCUUCGCAGCAAAGGAGAGCAAGAACGCCCGAGGUUGAUCAUCAGAAAAUCGACACUGAACUUGGAUAGUCUGGAAAAGACUCACAAGCAAUUCAAGAUUACCGUGCCGUUUACAAACAAAAACCCAAGGGAUGGCCUGCAUUUUGUUGGCGUCGACCCGCUGGAUAACCGGUUUACGCACAUGUAUACUCGCCAUUCAAUCCAGCCAGGAACCGCGUGCUGCAUUUUCCCCUGCGUCGACGAUCAUGGGGCCCGGUGUGAUUGGAGAAUCUCCAUCAAGUACCCCCGGACUCUUGGCGAUGCCCUUCAACAGGCUCUUGCAACGCAACAGGAUGGUCCAUCCCACAACGGUGUUGAGAAGUCUCAAGUCGAUGGCCAUGAUCUUCACUUCAAGCUGGCCGAAGAAGAUAAGCUGCGGGAAAUGUCCGUGGUCUGCUCUGGUUUCUUAAUGGAAGAGACCACAGACCCCGACGACGACCACAAGAAGAUUAUGAUAUUUGAGCCAGAGAAGCAAGUCUCGGUACAAAAGCUUGGGUUUGCCAUAGGCCCCUUUGAGCAUAUCAACCUCUCUUCGGAGUCACGAACUGAAGAAGAUGAAGUGAAGCUCGGGAUGAGCGCACUGAAAAUCCAUGCAUACUGUUUGCCUAACCGGGCAGACUGGGUUCGCAAUACUGCUGCGGCUUUGACCAUGGCUGCUGAUUUCUUUACGUACACAUUUGCUAAGUACCCCUUUGGCAAUUUCAAGCUAUGUUUCCUCGACGACAUGGUGGAGGACACAACGGUGCUGCAUUCCCUGGCUUUUAUCAGCAACCGACUCCUGUACCCCGAAGACAUCAUCGAUCCAGAAAUUGAGACGACAAGGAAAAUUGUUUACACUCUAACAUCUCAAUGGAUAGGGAUCAACAUGAUCCCGAAUACGCGAAACGAUAUGUGGCUUGUGAUUGGACUAGCCCAUUACAUGACGGAUUUAUUUAUGAAAAAGCUUUGCGGUAACAACGACUAUAGGUUUCGGAUGAAAAUGUUGGCGGAUAAGCUUGUAGAGACUGAUAUUGGCCGACCGUCUCUAUCGAAUCUUGGUCAUAGUCUCCACCUUGGCGAAUUUGAGAUGGAGUUCAUGGCCUUGAAAGCACCCAUCGUGUUUUUUAUUCUCGACAAGCGGCUCAGCAAAGCAUCUGGUGGCCACGGAUUGACUCGCAUCCUCCAGAAACAGCUGACCAGGGCUCAGAUUGAAAGCAGUGAUAAAUUUCUCAUUCUUGACUCGGAAAAAUUCAGAGCCACAUGUGAGAAAGCUGCCAAAUACCGCCUCGAAAGCUUUUGGAAUCAGUGGGUAUAUGGCUCAGGCUGUCCGAGAUUCGACGUCAAGGCUAAAUUCAAUAAAAAGAGACUCUGCGUGGAGUUGAUGUUGAUACAGACACAGCAGCAAGCUAUCAAAAAGACCGAGCUCAGUAAAGAUGAAUUCUUUCGAGCUAUCAAAGAACGAAGGGCGGAUCUUAAGAUUGGUGAAGCACAGCCAUUGUUCACUGGACCCAUGACUAUCCGGAUUCAUGAAGCCGAUGGCACCCCUUACGAGCAUAUUCUGGAGAUUCGAGAGGAUGCUGCGCGUUCUACAAAAUUCGAAAUCCCUUACAAUACAAAAUAUAAGCGAUUAAAGAGGACGCGCCGCAUGAAAGAGAAGCACAACGCAGGCGCAAGUAUGGAGAUACCUGAAAAUACUGAUGAUGCUCUACUCUACUGCCUCGGAGACGUCCUACAGAGCCCAGAGGAUCUCCGCGACUGGGAGCUGAUAGAAUGGGACCCAGAAACCGAACGGAAAAUGGACCAAGAGUCAUACGAGUGGAUUCGCGUUGAUGCCGACUUCGAAUGGGCGUGUAGCAUGAACAGAACUCUUGAGCCAUACAUGUAUGUGUCUCAACUGCAGCAAGACCGGGACGUGGUCGCCCAGCAAGAUGCCAUGUUGUAUCUGUCGACCGGCCCCCUUCAUCCGAUUGCCUCUGGAUUCCUUGUGCGAACACUUGUUGAUCGUCGUUAUUUCCACGGCAUCCGGACCAUGGCAGCGAAAGCCCUGACCAGGCAGGCCAACAUCAAGGACAUUCCGAUGCUGGGACUCCGGCAGUUGAUGCGGGCUUUUCGCGACAUGUUCUGUUAUGACCAAACAAACCAGCCUCUUCAAAACGACUUCUCUGACAAGAGACAGUACAAUGUCCGGUGUUCAAUUAUCAGAGCCAUCUCUGAGGUUAGGGAUGGCACAAAUUACUGUCCAUUCGAGGCCCGACAGUUUAUUUUAGACCAACUGCUCUUUAAUAACAACGAGAACAACCCGUAUUCUGACCAUUACUACAUAGCUUUGCUGGUUGAAGCGCUGGCUACGUCGCUUAUUCCUGCUCAGGCAGACGAAUGGUUCAAGCGACAAGUCAAAAUCCCCACCGAAGAGGAACGCCGGUUUCUUGAGGAGGCAAUGGAGCAAAUUGAACGAGUUCUCAGACGUGAUGACUGGACGCAUUCGUACCAGAAUAUUUGGACCAUUGCAGGUUUGGAUGCGAAGCAGCGCCUCAUGAAAGCAGAAGUGAUACCCAUCAACUACGCUGAAUUUGGCCAGUAUCUGCUGGAUGGAACAAACGAUUUAAUUCGCAUCAAGUGUUUUGAGGCUCUAAUCGAUCUUGGGGCACUGAUGGACCCGACAGUGUUCACUUUCCUGUUCUACUCUUUGAUGACGGAUCGAUCACCCUUUGUUCGUGACAAACUUAUUCAGGCGGUGGCCCGGGGUCUUGCUGCGAUUGCAUUCGGCGAACACUCAAAGGCUGUUAAGAAUGAGCCUGCCCAGGAUGAGGCGGAUGCAUUGCUGCUUAUCCAAGACAGUGCCGAGGAAGUUGCUGCCAGAAAGGAAAAGUUUGCUCGAAAAGAAAAUCUAGACGCUGCGCUGAAAGCUUUGAGGAAGGAAAUGGAAGAGACGUAUAACGGUGAUGAGAGGCAUUACAGCACCGCCAUGCGUAAGGCGCUGGACCACCCUAGUCUUGGGCGGGCUGAAAUUGCAUCGCUGCUUGAUUUGGCAGCUAUGAUGUUUGAGGAGGCGAGAAGCUGGGUGCUCACGCUCAACUUGCCCAAGGGCUGGAAGGUGGAGCGCCCUGUGGUUCAGCUUUCGGACCGACUUAUGGUGAACUUCAAGUCUUAUUAUAAGACCAAGUUGAAGAAUGCAGUGCCUGUGCCAGCACCACGAACUCCUGCGCCUGAGGUUAAGCUGCCACCUCCUUUGCCAAGAUCAUCAUCUAUCAAGAUCAAUACAAAGGCCGCGCAGCCGCCGCAGCCGCAGCCACUCUCACAGCCAUUUCAACCUGCGCGACCUGCAGCUGUUCCCAAGCCAACGCCUCCUGCAGACACCAUAGUUGCGGCUCCAGGGGUCUCUCGUCCUUUGAAUGGCACUAACUCGCUUCUGAAAACUGGCGUCAAGCUCGAAUCUCAAUCAGGAGUACUGGCCAAACGGCCUCGGCCAGAAAAGGGCGAUCAAGUGUCAACACCAAAGAGACCCAAAGUGGAAGGACCGUCAUCGAGCUUCGAAAGGAUCACUGCUCUUCCAAAGAAGCGGCGCAUCGUCACUCUCAGAACAUCCAAUCCAAAGCGACUCGCUGUCAUUCUUGGUCAUACAAAGACUCUUUCUUCUAUUCCUAGCAGGACAGCUUUACCUUCUGCGGCUCCCAAGGAACAGCCGGCACUCGGCUUGGCCAAGGAUAUCAAUGCUUUGAAGCCUGCGCGCAAGCCGCUGCCUUCUGGAGACAUAGUUAGGAAGCCCUUGCCAAUGGGUGGAUCGUCUUCGAGCCUCUCGAGCCUUGGAGGUUCUCCGACGACGACUAGUAAGAUUUUUGCGAAGCAUCGUCCCCCCAUGCCUGGGCCUAAAGCGCCUAGCAAAUCCCCCAGCAAGUCUCAGUCUCCGAGCAAGUCGGCUACUCCGCCGGUGCCCAGUCAACCAGCGGCAGCAGCCCCGGCACCUGUUCCAAGCGCACGUCCCAAGAUCAAGAUUAUCAGAAAGCCCCAGCCAACUCAGGCUCCUCCUGCGCCAUGAAGCAGAGUUGCCUGU